AUGAAUAUGUUGGAUGAUGAAGAUGACCAAAGCUUUCACGCUACGCGUGACGUCUACUCCCAUUUGAGCGAUGUCGAAUGGGAUGCGGUUGAACGAAUGGGUUCAACCAUGGGCAUCCAUGCUGUUAGCGUCAUGCUAGAGGCUCUCAAUAGAGAUGCCCAACAUGCUACUAUCGUCAAGUUCAUUCAAAAUGAACUUGACGCUGAACGAGAGAUUGUAGCCUUGCUUCACCAACAAGGUUCUCAACAAGCAGAGUUGUUGAGAGAACAGGGUGCUCAACAGUUUGAACUGUUGAGACAGCAGCAGGCUGCUGCUGGUGGGUCGAUGCACUCGCGUCGACCCGAGACUUUGAAAUUGACAUCUCCAAGUAUAGGGGAGUCGAAGAAGACUCCCUCUUGA